GAGCACGUUGGUCUGCGUAGUGCGCCACGUAUACAACUACAGGCGGGCAGAAACAACGAGAAACUAGUUUUCCCUGAGGUCUAUUAGUGAUUUGGACCUUGUUCUCUUAUCUUCGUUUUUAUGUAGUUAGUCAGCAUUGAUUCGCAGUAGUUGUUGCAAUCUAGACUUUUACGUGGAUGAACACUGUUUAAAGACGCAGCAUUCAGGGAAAACGUUAAAGCAGUUUGUUGAACAUUUAGGCUCAGGACCAUGAAUCAGACAGACAGAGGACAGACUGAAGUUGCUUCAUAUAUGCGUGAUGAACCACAAGAUGGUCCUUUAAAGGAGCAUCCUCAGCAGCAGCCUGGAAUACUGUCUCGAGUCACAGGUGGCCUUUUUAGUGUGACAAAAGGUGCCGUGGGUGCCACAAUUGGUGGGGUAGCCUGGAUUGGAGGGAAGAGUUUGGAAGUAACUAAAAGUGCUGUUACAGCUGUGCCUUCAGUGGGAGUGGGGCUAGUCAAAGGAAGUGUAUCUGUAGUGGCAAGUGGCGUUUCUGCAGUUGGUUCUGCUGUUGCAAGCAAAGUACCUUUAACUGGCAAGAAAAAAGACAAGUCUGACUGAAGGAAAAAGGAAGUGAAAAGACUUUGACUCUGGGUGAUGAUUUUCCCUAAAUGGGAGACUUAUUUUGAGCACUACCAAAGCUGGGGCCUGUGAUGCACAGAAAUACAGAUGAAAAGCCAUAUUUUCCAAGAAAUGCAUUUCUUUUAAUGGCUGUAUUUAAGCUAAUUGAGCCAUUUUUCAUCUGAAAUAAGGACAUGAAGGGUUUGUUGUAGUACUAUCUGUGAAUUUUUACUGAGAUGCAUAUUCUGUAGUAUUUUUUCUCCCCUUCAUUCAGAUUAUAUUCCUCCUUUUCAUAGUAUAAGCAAACUGGUGUAUGCGAUUUCAAGUGAAGCGUAAACUAAUGAAAGUGAACUGAUGCGUAUUGGGAGGCAAUUUUCUGACAGAUUUCUCCUAGCUUAGGACUUUUCAUUAUAAUUUCAUGUUGGACAUGGUCUGAGUAGCCAUUUUUAUAUUUGAUAGCUGUGUUCAUGUUUUUUUCUGUUCAGUGGAUGAAAGUUUCCUAUGAGAUGGUUAUUGAACUGAAUGAAGCACAGUGUCUCUUUGUGAGAAGUAAAGAUUUAGUUAUUCACUGUCUCUCAGUAAGAAUCCUGUUUUGUCAACGCCUGCAUGCUUCGAAUUCAUAAAGAGCUUGUUUUGUUUGCUAGAAAGAUUUACAGUAGAUUCUGGAGGCAUCAUGAGUUCAUGUUGAUUUCCAGGCCAUUCAGCAGUCAGACUGCUUAGAGUCCUGGGGCUCCUAUUAAAUAUUUUGCAGAAAGCUGCAGUUUUGUAUACAUUGUUGUUUUGAUAGUCCCUCACAUUCCUUUUUUUUUUUUCCAUAGGAAAAAUAAGAGCAAACCAUUUGUGCACUGUCUUGGCUCAUCAUACAUGGCAAAAGUGUGAUACUCUAAACAUUUCAAAAAUUGUUUUCUAAGUUGUAUAGUAAACUUUUAUAAAGAUUCUUAAAUGGUGCAAGUAAAGCCAUUUUGUAAUAACACUUUGAACGAAGAGACAGAAAGCUGCUUUGGAUAAAUAAGAAUUGAUGCACUGUUGGUGUUUACACACUGAGAUUAUUUAAUUCAUACUUUGUUUUAGUGCAUCAACAUAAUGCAGAAGCAAAGAUUUAUUUAAGAAAAUUCCUUUGCAUUAUGUAUUUAGUGUGCCAAGAUUGUUUAUUUAAAUGAAAGCAUGACCCUCCGUAGUACUGCUUAAGACAAGAAUAAGAUCAGUGCCAUGCACUUGAUCCUGUAGAGAGAGGGAAAAAAUGUUCCCUGUGGAAUCUGCUGAAAUAGCUUUUUUUUAUUCUGUAUUAAAUGUUUAUUCUUAAA